UGCUGAUCUGUUAUAGUAGAUUUGGCAGCGCGCAGGACAGGAGGAGAGACUUUACGCACGACUCGCGACUACAAGCACACGCCAAAGAGAAGAGAAGGAGUCCUGUUCUCAUGGUGGGUCCCUCAUCUGCCCUUCGAGGAGAGCGCGGUGAAGUGCUGGUUGAUUGAAUGUCACCUCCAGUCACCAUGGAUUACGGACGGACCAUGGCCCCUCCGGUGCCCCCGCACAACCCCAAACAGACCCGGCCAGGGCAGGCGCAGGAGCGGCUGCUGAAGUGCGUGCUGCUCGGGGACGGAGCGGUGGGCAAAACCAGCCUGGUGGUCAGCUACACUACGAAUGGCUACCCAACCAAAUACGUACCUACUGCAUUUGAUGAUUUCUCAGCUGUGGUUCAGGUGGAUGGAAACCCAGUGAGACUACAGUUGUGUGACACUGCAGGACAGGAUGAGUUCGACAAACUCCGCCACUUCUGCUACAGUCGGACUGACGCCUUGCUGCUCUGCUUCAGUGUGGUCAGCCCUGCCUCCUUUCAAAAUGUCUGGGAGAAGUGGGUUCCUGAAAUCCGCCGCCGCUGCCCCCUCACUCCCAUCCUCCUUGUUGGCACGCAGUGCGACCUGCGGCAGGACGUCAAAGUGCUGAUCGAGCUGGCAAGGCGGAGGGAGAGGCCUGUGCUGGAAGAGGACGCCAGGGCGCUGUCAGAAAAAAUUGGAGCAGUGACGUACAUUGAGUGCUCAGCGCUGACGCAAAAGAAUCUGAAGGAGGUGUUUGAUGCGGCCAUUGCUGUCGGGCUGAGGCAGUCUGACAGGAGAGCGAGGCGGGAAAGGAAAGUCCGCAGCACAGCGGAUAAGAUGAAGAUGCUCUCAAAGUCCUGGUGGAAGAAGUAUGUGUGUGUCCAGUAGGGAGGGAGGAGACCAUUUUUGUGUGACUGAUGAUAAAACUGAAACUCCUGACUUGUUGGAGGGGACUGAGUUUGAUGUAAGGACUAUUUUUACGUUCACCUGGACAACCCCAGAUGUGUUGGCCAGAAUGACAUUAAUUCAAUGGAGCAAAACUCAACAGAGGCAGAGUGUGCCUGCCUGAGCUGUGGAGUCAUUGCAGAAAACAUCUCUUUGUUGAUGCCUAAAAGACAGAGAGCAUGAGGCUGUGACCACUGUUUGCUCCUCAGAGCCAGUCUGGACUGUUAGAAAUGACUGUGACCAGCAUUUGACCAAAAAUAAUGAGGCUAAUAAAAUUUAUGGUACAUGGACUGUGAGUCAUACUGGACGUGUUCAUAGGAAAUGCAAGCCAAUAUGGAGGGGAGGUGUUCAGAUGGUGAUGUUAUGUACUAAAAGUGUAUUCCUAUGUGUUUGAUUUGAUGGCCUUUUUUUUUUUAACAAAGUAUAUCAAUUUAUAUGUUCUACACUGUAAUUCAGCCCCUGACACUUCUGAUAGAUUUAUUUCACUGAAAUCUGAACAUGAAGUUAACAUAUACCAGCAAUCAAAGAUGUAAUCUACUGUUGCGAGUCCUGCACCUUGUUACUUAAAUCAGAAGCAAAUCCCCUGAGUCAGAUGUGUAACUGACUGCAUUUAUUUUAAAUUAUUCCCUUAUGGAUUACAAUCAAAUGUAAAUGAGUAUAAUCUCUUAUUAAAUCUAUGAGUUUUGGAGAGUGUUGUAGUCCAGCCAUUCAGUUCUGUAUAAACAGUGAGCUUGUGCAGGGAUUUCUCUACCCCAGCUUGUGUCUGUGCCACAUUUCAAAGUGUUAAUACAGCUGUCACACUGUUAGUCGACCACACAGUUAGAGGUCUGUAAGCUUGUCACAAAAAUACACCUGCUACUGUAGCUUGAUGCCACCAAACACUAACAGAGUUACCUAAAUGCCCAAUUAUGUCAGAGUUGUUUCAGGAACUUUACUUACAAGGUUUCAGCAAUAAUUUGGGUGGUGCCACUGUACAUUGCACUUAUCACACACAGUCCAAACACAUCACUGAAGUCUUGCCAUGCAAUGGCCUUUGGAGCAUUGGUGUGGAUUAGAUAUAGAGCAGGUAAAUGGCAUCUGUGGUGCUGGAGAUGUACUCAGUGUUGCUGAAAUAGAAGCAGCUGAUCUACAUGUUCCCUGCACUACUCACUGGUUUAGAUUAUCUUUCAUCGUCAUUGCAGUCAGGGCCUUAAACAGAUUAUUAUCCGUCUUUGUCGGUCGGUAUAUUGGAGCUCUCUCCUCUUUUAAAACUAUACAGGAAUUGAGGUGAAAUCACCAAAGAGACUGAUUCUAUGCUUGCUUCUUAUUUUUCAGAAGCUCUAUUUAUCUGUUCCCUCUGGGCCAAUAACUGAUCAGCAGCACUACAGAACAGAUGUAUGAAAUAUCGUAUGUCAUUAUGUAUGUUACAUAGUAAUCAUUUAUGAUGUUUGUAAUGUCAUCAGGAUGAAUCUGUGUGUAAGUGACUCAGUCAUUGGCUGUGCUGUCCAACUCUAAAUGGUACUUAACAGUAUGAGUGUUUCAGUUGGUGUCUGAUUUUUUGGCAUGAGAGCCUUUUAUUGAGUUGUAUGAGCGGAGCAAAAUAAAAUGUGAAAUAUUUAA